AUGGCGCCACCUCCUCCUGCCACACCCCCAGCAGCGCUCACGUCCUCACUUGUCCCCGCAUCCCCCGCGGCAUCAGAGGCCGCGGGUGGUGGAGCCUUCGAGGUAGUUGGCUGGGCCGAAGGGCCAGACUUCUUCUUCUUGGGCGCCAUGGUCGAUUGCGUCGCCGAAGACGAAGAUGGCAAUGAAGAUGAUGCGCUGUGCACGCUUUCAGGGGCGUGGGCUCCGUUUGUCAUUGGCCCAGAGGCCAUACAGGGCACGGGCGACGGGUUACGGGCGCGCCCCGUUCGGGCGCAUGCCCAGGGGCACGCGGGCGUGGGCGCUGGCGGCCACGGCGGGGCACGGCGCCGGCCAGGGAUGGGCGCAGGGGCGCAACCCGCCCAGUGCGGGGCGAGGUUGCCGGUGACGGGGGAGGCCGCCCAGGAGGGCGCAGCUGUGGUGGCAGGCGCCGGGCGCCGAGACUGCGCGGGGGCAUGGCACGGCAGCAGGGCCACCCGGGGCGGAAGCGGAGCGAACGCAGGGCACCGCAGCGGGGGUCACGGGCACGGCGAGCGCGGCCCCGGAGUGAGGCAGGGCGCGGGAGCGGCGUCGUAG